UUUAGUCUCGAAGAGUCGCUGGUGUUACUGGCGGUGAUAUUCUCUUCGAAGAUUUUGAUUUCUCCUUUAAACAACAAAUAUCUCACGUGGACAAUCUAGAGAAGGCUGUUGAAAACUACAAAGCUGCGAUUCGAGAAGCUAAAGCAUGUAUGCAGAAUGUUAACGAGUGCCUAGCCGAAUUCUACGAGGAUUUUUGGCCGAAAUAUCGAGAGUACAAAGUUGCACUAAAGGACAGCAGUGCGGUAUGGGGUCUCUUAACUCGUCAUACACACGAACUUGGGGAACCUAUACGACGAUUUAAGCAACUUGGAUUAGAGGCACAGAAAUACCUAAAAUCACAUGAUAUAAAGCUUACAGAAGGACGAGUCUCAAACCUAACACAACAGAAACCCCGAGGUGGAGACCAGAAACCAGAAAUGUUUCAAAAUAUGUUACAAACGGGGUCCGACGACAGACGUGAUAAACUGAAGAAUGUAAAUGAUGAGAUGGUUGAAGAUCUAAACCAACUAUUCCAGCAGCGAGGAGGUUUUGUUAUCGACAUCUUCAAGUCAGUCUACACAGCUCAUAAUGACUUCUACUCAGAAUCAUCCAAGAUCUCGGGAACCAUUCUUGACAUGGUAAUCGACUUGGAGAACGUUCGACUUGAAAUGAGUGUUGGUCAAGGAAAACAUCGACGAGUCGCCAGUACCAACAAACCCCGCAUCGGAUGGGCUAAAACAACCCCGACCCCAGCACCCCAACCGGCACAUCAACCCCCUCCUCCAUCUAGCGCUAGCCAAGGUCCAGCUGCAUCGUUCAUCCCUCCUCCUCCGACGAUUGGGGUAUCCAAGCAACGGGGAGGACGUCCCAAACCGGACGCGCAGGAUAUAGCAAGGCCGAUUUCUGUUGCCACACCGGGACGAGAAAGAAAUCCGACGGAGUUCUCCCGCGGGAAUGAAAUGCCUAAAGCAGUGUCUGGCAAUAAAGGCAAGCCAAUGGGACGUUCAAAACAAGAAGUACAGGAUAUUGCUAGACCAACUAACGUGGGCGAACCAACAGGACUAAAUGAAAUGGUGGCAACAUCCGCAAAUAAAGGCAUGCCCAAGCCUCUUGUAGGACGUUCCAAGCAAGAGGUACAAGAUAUUGCAAGACCAACUGCUGUAGAAUCACGGGGGUAG